AUGGUGGACAGCAGAUUGUUAGCGUGUUUUGUGGUACUUUUGGCAUGCUCGUCACUCGCUUCUGCAUUGACACACGGAUCCUGCCGCAACCCUGACGGAACCGCCAUCUGUUGCACAGGGCGCACAAAUUGUGAAGGCGUCACGAAAAAAGCCCAUGCCACGUACGUCUACAGUAACAGUGGUUACCGGACUGCAAAUAACAGACCUGCGACGGUGCCGAAGGCUACGUGCUUCUGCGACGAGUACUGUGUACGGACCAAUGACUGCUGUCGGGACUAUAGGGAGGUCUGCGCCAAGCCAAAAGUCAAUUGUGAAGUGAGCGCGUGGAGUUCAUGGUCUCCAUGCAGCCAGCAGUGUGGAAAAGGCAACCAGACGCGGGUUCGAACGGUGACGCGGGAGGCGGUGAACGGGGGAGACCAGUGUCCCCUCCUGAUGGAGUCACGGGCUUGCAAGGGCCACCUCUGCAGUCGCCGACGCGUCGGUCGAUCUGAAUACAAUUCUUAUCGCUACAUGGAACUACCCGCGGAAGUAGCCCAUCUCCUUCCAGUCCACGGUGACAUCGAGGAGGCAAUAAAACAAUUCGACAUGCGUUGGGACAUUCGUCGAAAACUCUACUACGGACGACUCAUUCAACAGAACAAAACAGACACGCCCGACCCAGAGCCAUACUGUGUUUACUACGAAAUUGUCAAGGCAAAUGACGCCUGCAAGGGCAUUGGUCUGCAUCGCAGAGGAGCAUGGCGAUUUCCGAGUCGCAGUUUGCAGCACUACUUCGAUAGGAAUCUCGACGUCGACCAUCCGUGGCUCUCGUCCACCCUGAUGCGUCCAGGCCAGCAAAUCUGUGCAGUCUGCUACCCCAAGUACAUGCGUGCAGACCUAGGAAAUCGAUGCCCGGGCACGGGUUACCCCGGCAUCAUCUCUCGCUGGAGGGCCCUCAACACCUACGACUGCCAAGGCACCUUCAGAAUGGUCAGCAUGCCUCAACGAGCUUGCACGUGCAGACGACAGCCCACAUCCUUUAUUCUCACCUGA